CUGGAAGAGAUAAUUGGCAUAACAUUUUCAGAGGUGAUCUCACCUUCAUUGCAGUGAGUUGGAAGUAGACUAAAGCACAACACCAUUUCCAAGAUGUAUAGUGAGGAAUGCAGACAGACACCACGGGGAGGACUUUUAACAAAAACUACCCCGAGAAAUGUUGCAUGCGCAAGUAAUACGGACUUGAUGAGGUGACGCCAAYGAGUAGAUCUAUUACGUUGAUCUGUGUAUUUUCCUCACGUGCUGCUGACUUUUUCAUGGCACGCGCUCACGUUUUGCGCGGGACUUUGAUAUCGUUUGUUUGCAGGCUAGAUUGGAAACAGUCUGGCUAACGUUAGCCUAUAAAAAUACGUUUUUAUUGUAGGGCCGUUCUGGUAUUGGCUAGGAUACCAGGCAAUAGUUUUAUUUCAAGACUAUUAUUAAUUGAUUAAAGGUCACAUUCUACAUUAGUAUUCGUAUUUCAGCUGCUCUUCCCUCAGGGUAACAAUGUGGCACCUAGCAGACAGAGUAACGUUAGUUAAUAAUAAUGCUGGGCAUUUUCCUCRGGUAGAACAACCAGAGGCAGAAGAUGGUGAUCAGUUCCUCUCGUUUGCCAAGUGAGUUGCUUAUGCUGCAAGAGUUCAGGACGUAUUAUUUUUGAAAGAUAAGCCAUUAUUUCAGGUAAUAUGAAGCUUGCUUUGUGUUGUAUUCUUCACAUCCUCAGGAGGUCCAAGGUUGUGCAGCGUCAGUGUUCAGAGAUGGAGACUGAGCCUAGCCCUCCCCCACAGUCUAGCUCCUUGUCACAGAGUAGAGAACAUUUCUGGCAUAGGAUUCUAUGUCAGCCAAGGUGGAUGUCCUCUUCACUUUCACCACCAACAAUCUCACUCUUUUAUAAACACAUCAAGGUUUAGAAAUGCUCCAGUCAAAUUCUCUCUUACUGAUAGAGGUCUGUAUGCUGUUUGUUAGUGAAGUGUCUCCUGAGCCCACCACAUCCUACAGCCCAUUUCAGAUGCAGAUGUUCUCAAAUAAACCUGAAGGACUAGUUGGCGUGGACAUGGCCGGAUCACCUCCAGCAGGACAGAGAGUUAAAAAAGGGGGAAGUCUGGGUCUAGGAAAGCUACCCUCUCCAGUGGAACUGAUGGGCCGGAAGAAGAAGGGGAGGACAGGGGGUGCAGCACAGGGCAGCCAGGUGGUGCAACCCAGGGUGGCAGCAGUGCUGCAGCACAUUGGGGACCUCCGCAGGAGACAGAGCUCUAUUGACCAGUUGAAGCAGGGGAGUUGGUGGGGCUCCAAACCCAGGUGUAAGGCAGAAGAGGGCCAUUCCCAGAGGCAAGCAGAGGACAGCAGCAUGACUAUCAGCAUCACAGUGGAGAAGCAGGAUGAAGCUACAGACUACCUCAGUCCAACCCUCACUCGUCCUUACACCCAGCAGGAGGGUCUGUUUGGAGGAUUUGAACAAGCAUCCCAUCUMGCUCCUGGAGGAAAUCCGAUGAUGUCAUUUGUCCUGGCAACUGCUGAUAGACAAGCCAAGGGGGGUUGGCAAGGCCCUCGUCUGUCCCACAAUGAAUUUUGGGGCAUUGGGCACAUUCCAGAGGAAUAAUUACAUUUUUGUUACAUUUCUCCAAAGCACUUGUUGAGUUCACAUUGUAGAAGGGCUCAUAGUUUGUAUUGAUCAGAUUCAGAGUUUAAGCGAUAUGUUUUGCAAUGUUACAAUUGWUUUGUUCAGAUUUUACAGCUUAAAAAUMAUGUACAACAUUUGGUCAGUUAAUUUUAUACUGGAUUGCCAAGCAAUGAAAAAAAAGGAAAUAAAUACAUAACAUUGCAUUCCAGUGUGACUAGUAUGGUCUUGUACUGGGGAGCGUUAUAUGAAGAAAUMAAUUGGAGAAAAAAAAGGAUUUGACUUGGCUGCUCACCCUGCUCCUGUUUUGACAGACAGAUCCCAUCCCUCUCCUCUGAGAAGUUCCCGAAGGGCUGGCAACGCGGUCUGAGGUAGUGGAGUGCGYGACUGGUGGCAUCAGCCUUCAACUGAGUCCAUCUCUCAAAGGACCCUUUGACCUUGUUCUGUCAUAGCCAGACAAGCACAUAGGCCUGACUAGAAGUACAUGUAUUUAUGUUUGGCUAUCAAGGGUGCUGUAAAGUAAGCCUUUUCCCUCGAGAGCCAAGCAUAUAUACAUUCAUGAAUUAUAAUGUAGUCUACAGUGCUUCAAACCUACUCAACUGUAUUCCCUUUUCAUUCAGGUAUUACAAUCAGUUGUUUUUAUGAGCCACUUGCCUGUCUUGGUCACUGCCUUUCUCAAAACAAAUUGUAGUACAAACAUUUAAUAAAGACAUUAACUUUAGCUUCAGACUUCAAUGUAGSAUAGUCCUAUUGGCCUACUGUAGCCUAUCACUUUGUUUUCACACGUCCUCCAGGUCUUUAUAGCAGUUUUGUAAUCCGAGACUGCAUGAGUCAUCGUUUUCCAAGUGAUGGGAUGAUGACAUUAAGAAAGUGAAAGUGCACAUUGUAACGGGAUUAUUACGGCCCUGACAAAGCCUUCAUUGAAAAAGGACGCCAUCCCCUCGUCCUCGUAACAGUUGGUAUCGCCUGUGUGACAUAAUGACAAACCGUUAUACAGUACAUUUUKAUGGCACAUAUCUGCUGUACGCUGUGUCGCUGUUCUUGGCCUGCUUGAUGGUCCUGCAGUCCAACCGGGUCAGAGAGAUGCAGGUCGAACUGCGGGAGCUGCGUCAGUGGACCAGUCUGGUAUGCGGGGACAUAAAGGAAUCGUCUACUGAUAUCUCGCGCUGCGGGAUAUCUGACUCUCACAGACAUACACAAUGGAAUGGAAUUCGAGGAAAGAGGGAGAUUUCAAGACAUGGGAGACGGAGACAGCGGCGCACUGCAGGGAGGAGUGCCUUUCUUCACCUUGUUCCUCUGUCAUCACACUCAUAUGAUGAAGAUGACUACACUCUGGUAGAAUGGGCUCUAGGACUGAGUCGUCUAGGGGAGGGGCUGCAGGUCUUUGGAGAAAAGGUCACAGUGGUAACCGAAGGGACUUACUUCAUCUACAGUCAGGUGCUGUAUAAAGACACCACAUGGACAAUGGGUCAUGUGAUCAAGAAGCGUCUACAUGGUAUUGAGACCAUCUUGAUGAAGUGCAUACAGAGCAUGCCCAGCAACAUCACUGUGGCCCAAAACACCUGCUACACAGCCGGUGUCCAUUACCUGGAGCCAGGAUCCACUCUGGAACUCUCCAUUCCCAGGAAAUCUGCUGGGCUUGUCCUCAAGCCUCACUCCACCUUCCUUGGCAUGUUCAGGAUCUGACACUGAGUGACGAUCUAACACAAAACCAUGURUCUCCAGAACCCUACAAUCACUGCCUAUAAUAACCCGACAUGCUGACCUACUGCAUUGUGGUGCCUGAUAUUUAAUAAACUCUUUUCAAUAUCAAARGUUUUGCAAGUACUACUCAGCCAGUGUUUUCCUUUCAGCACUUAUAUUGUGGUAGCCUGAUACAGAACAGUUACCAAAUAUCACAAAAUGUAGCCUUCUUAUAGCAUUGGAAAGUGCACAGAUGUAU